AUGGCCCACACCGAUAGUCUCGCCGAUGCCGAGAGAAGGCAGGCUACGAUCCAGAGUGAGAAGGCAUUUGUCUCAGAAGCUAUUUCUAAGCUGAAUGCCAUUGCGCUUCAAGUACCCCGCUUGGCAGGCAACAACAGCGAAUGUGAUGAAAACAGGGAACUCAAGGCUUUGCUAAGGCAGCUCUACACCGUCAUAUGCAGACUUUCAGAUUACCGGCGAGGCAAGCACUACGCCCCAUUUCCGAAGGAAGACGACAACGAGGAUGAAAAAGCUGAGGAGAACAACAACGGAGAGGAUGAUGAAAGUGGCGAAGAAGAGGUCAGUGGGAAUGAUGACGCGGAAGAUGACAGUGACUCCGACUCCGACGAUGAUGACGAAGACGCCGGCGAUGACGGUGGCUUCAGUUCAGGCUUCGAGAACAUCCCGGGCGGUUUUGAGCUGGACCAGAUCUUGCUCAGUGGCUGGCGCGCCGUGCUUGAGCCAGUCGACGCACUGGCAAAGCUUGAUCCUGAUGGCCCCUUCCUCGCCGCUAGGGUGAUCCUCUUCACCCAGCACGCCAUUUCCAAAAAUAAAGCUCUUCCAAAGAGCCUCGCAGAUGGUGAAGAAAGGUUCCAGCUCCAGACUGACCUAGGCCUAGAUCUUGAUGAGGCCCUUCUCGUUCAGCUACGCAGAGCAUGGAAGCAGGGUGGACAAAAAGAUGAUCUCUCCUGGGCUUCGACGUUCCUCGAAGUUGAUAACUCUGAUUGCGUCUCCAACGAUUACAAUCGCGUUGUCAUGUCAGCAUGCUCUCCAUCUGAGUUCUGGGAAGUCCAGAAGCAGGCAGCAAAGUACAUCAUCAAAAAUAGGAAGCGGCGACGGGAGUCGAUGUGGGAUCUUCCAUCCAAAGGACCAUCGACCAAGCACGGUCCCAUCGCCAUACCGCUGUUUAACGUCAUGAUUGAACAACACGGCUGCAUAAUUAGCAGCAUGGGGUACAGGGGUCCGUGCUUGCGACGCUCCCAUUAUUUCGUUCAAGACAUACGGCAGAAACUCAAUUCGGCUAUGCCUGAGGAGGCACUUCGCUUAGUGUGGGAUAUUGGAGCUGCCUACAUCCCGAUCCCAAAGCGGGUGGUUGACGAUGAGGAGUGCGAAAUAUGCGAGAAUAUCAUCCCUCGACAACCCAUCUCGGCUCAAGCCACAUGCCUCAAGCGAAACGUAUAUAUUUGGAAUGUGGCCUUGCGGGCCCUUCACACAUUUCACAGGGGACAAGAUGGUCGCGUUUCCAUGUGCAAGCACAAGGGCAUCUGCCAUGGCCACCACUCAAACGAAGAAUGGCGGGUCACAUCGAAAGAGGAUGUUCAGAAGUAUGCCCUCGACAUCUUCGAAGGCCGGUGUCAUAUUUCCUCACUUUCAACCUCAGCCCAGGACUGGUUCAAGGCUAUGACGACCAUCAACCCGCAUCCCGGUCCUGUGUCAAGUAAUUAUUAUAAAGCAAAGCACUACAUUCGGAUGAGAUUUCCCCGCCUAGGACUAAGGGGGGAAGAGGCUGAUAUUAGAUAUCGUAAAGAGGGUGGACUCUGCGGCUUGGUCUUCUCAAUGAUCCACCCAAAAGUGCACAGACAACAUCCAGAUAAGGCAGAUCCGUUCGACGUCGACACCAACAAGCCUGGACAAUGGGCGUACGGGCGGUCUAUGGACGAGGAGAAAGAGAUGACUGAGGCUCUAUACAAAGAUGUCAGAACACAAGAGGAAUGGGAGGACGAGGUGCAAAGCAGCGAUGAUUCGCUUUCGGAAGAAGACUAA